GGGCUUCCGUCGGUCUUGGCUGGGCGCGCGCGGGUGAAGAAGAAGCAGCAGCAGCAGCAGCAGCAGCGGCGGCGAUGGAGCUGAGCGCCUUCGAGGCAGACAACUCUGUCAACUGCCGCCUGGGCUCUGCGGUGCCGGCCAUUUGCCGGAGCCAGCCCUGCUGCCUGGGCAUCGACGAGGCGGGGAGGGGGCCCGUGCUGGGCCCCAUGGUUUAUGGAAUUUGUUACUGUCCUGUGGCCCGGCAGGGAGAUCUGGAGACGCUGAAGGUAGCAGAUUCCAAGACACUGACAGAGGCUCAGCGGGAACAACUUUUUGAGAAGUUGGAUGCAGCCAAGGAUUUUGUAGGCUGGGCCCUGCACAUCCUCUCACCCAACUUCAUCUCAACCAGUAUGCAGAGGCGAGCAAAAUACAAUCUGAAUGCACUUUCACAUGAUACAGCCAUUGGGCUCAUCCAGCAUGCGUUAGACUCUGGAGUGCAGAUUGCAGAGGUCUUUGUGGACACUGUGGGGCCAGCAGAGAAGUACCAAGAGAAACUAAAGCAACAGUUUCCAGAGCUGGAGGUUACAGUGAAGCCCAAGGCAGACUCCCUCUUUCCCAUAGUCAGUGCAGCCAGCAUCUGUGCUAAGGUAGCAAGGGACCAGGUUGUGAAGAACUGGAAGUUUGUGGAGAAACUGGAAAAUGUGGAAUCAGACUACGGCUCGGGCUAUCCCAACGAUCCCAAAACUAAAGAAUGGCUCACACAAAGUUUGGAUCCUGUAUUUGGCUAUCCACAGUUUGUACGCUUCAGUUGGAGUACAGCUCAGAUCAUCCUAGAGAACAAAGCAGUGCCUGUUCAUUGGGAUGAUACUGAAGAUGACCAGAAGAAUGCACAGUCCCUUCUGAGCUACUUUGCCAGGAAAGACACUCCCACCAAACGACCACCCCACCGCUUCUUUUAUGAACGCAAGCUUGAGACAGUGACUAGCCUGUAGGGGGCAGCAGCUUAUUCCCUUCAUAUUGGGAUCAUCUUUCUUUGCGUACACAAGAACCUUCUGGUUUGUCACUUUGUUUUUAAUUGAGCCUGAACUGUGGUGGGAACCUGUGAGUAGUGGCAUCAACGAGACAGGUGUGUAAUCUUUCAGAGAAAUGGACUGGUCAAGUUUUUAUCUUUCUAGAGACCUUUGUACUUAUGUUUUCUAUUCUUUUUUUAGUGAAUAAAUUCAAAAUAUCAACAA